AUGAGGGGCGCCGCCUCACCCGCCCCGCGCAGCGCGCCGCUCUCGGCCCGGAAGUCCCGCCCCGGCCGGAAGCCGGGCGUCCGCGCAUCCCGGAAGAUGGCGGCGUCCAGGGGCACGGGAGUGCCGGGUCGCGGGGGCCGCCGCGGGCGCGUGGCCCCCAGGAGGCACGGGGGUGGCGGGGAGGGGGCCCUGAAGCGGCUGAGGCUAGCGGUGGAGGAGUUCGUGCAGGCCACCUCCGCGGGCGGGCCCCCCGGCGGCUGCGCGCGGCUCCGGGCGGAGGGGCGCGUGCGCCCGGGCGGGAGGAAGAGCCGCAGGGAGCUGAGGAAGGAGAAGCGACACCUGAGGAAGGCGCGCCGGCUGCGGAGGGCAGCGGGCCCCGCGCAGGGCCCAGGCCCGAGAGAAGACGGAGCCGGGGGAGCGAUCCGGGGCGGUCCCCCCGGGGCGGACGGGGAUGAGGGCGUCCGGGCGCCCCCACGGCGGACCCCACGGCCUCCCGAGCACCUGCGCCCUCGCCCCGUCAAGGGUCCGCCCGGGAGGACCGGGCCCGCCGCCGCCGCCGCCGCCCGGAAACGAGCGCUGCUGGCGGCCAACGAGGAGGAGGACCGGGAGAUCCGGAAGCUGGAGCGCUGCCUCGGCCUGAACAAGCGCAGGCGGAGGGGCGACGCGAGCUGCGUGCCGCUGAGCUUUGCCCGCGAUGGGCUCGACUACAUUCUGGGAGCCCUGGAGUCUGGGAAACAUGGUGGCCUGUAUGAGAGCAGUAGUGAGGAGGAGGAGGAUGCCGGACAGACUCUCCCCGAAAGUGAGGACGAGAGUGACCCCGAGGCCGGAGGGGAGGAGGAGGAGGACGACUUGGUAGAGGAAGAGGAGGAGCAGGACGCAGAGUCGGGAGUGCAGAGCGAGGACGAGGACGUAGAAGAGGAAAAGCGAAAAAAAGCCAAAGAAGUGGAAGGGAGAGCCAAGGAGAAAAAGGGGAAAAGGAGAGUCCAUUUUGCGGAAGAUGAAGAAAGGAGAGAAAAUUCCUCAGAGCAUGUUGACACAACAGAUCAGAAUCUUUGUGAAAAUGGUGAAAAGUACAUCCCGCCUCAUAUGAGGCGAGCAGAGGAGACAGUGGAUGCCCAGAAAAAGGAAGAACUAGAAAGGCUAAAGAAACACGUCAAAGGUCUCAUUAACAGGUUGAGUGAACCGAACGUGGCCUCCAUAAGUGGACAGCUGGAGGAGCUGUACAUGGCCCACAGCAGGAAGGACAUGAAUGACACUCUGACGGGCGUCCUCAUGAGUGCCUGUGCUCCAGGCACACCCGUGCCCAGCAGGCUGGUGAUGGAGCAUGUCCUCCUGGUCAGCAUUCUUCACCACACGGUCGGGAUCGAGGUCGGCGCUCACUUCCUGGAAGCUGUGGUGAGGAAGUUUGAUGACGUCUAUAAAAACGGAAGUGAAGGCAAAGAGUGCGAUAACCUGUUUACCAUCAUUGCCCAUUUGUAUAACUUCCAUGUAGUACAGUCUCUCCUCAUCUUUGACAUUUUGAAAAAGCUUAUUGGAAGUUUCACAGAAAAAGAUAUUGAACUGAUCCUGUUAAUGCUGAAAAACGUGGGCUUUUCGUUGAGAAAAGAUGAUGCUUUGUCACUUAAGGAACUGAUUGCUGAGACCCAGGCCAAGGCCAGUGGGGCGGGCAGCAUGUUCCAGGACCAGACCAGGAUUCGGUUUAUGCUAGAGACGAUGUUGGCACUGAAGAACAAUGACAUGCGUAAAAUUCCAGGCUAUGAUCCUGAGCCUGUAGAGAAACUGAGGAAAUUACAAAGAGCUUUGGUUCGCAGUGCUGGCUCAGCUACGGAAACUCAGCUCCGCGUCUCCUGGGAUGGCGUCCUGAAUGCUGAGCAGACCGGGCGCUGGUGGAUUGUGGGGUCUGCGUGGAGCGGAGCCCCGAUGAUUGACAGCAGGCAGCAGAAGAUCCCGCAGAAGCAGCUCGCAGGGACGGUUAGCGCAAAGAUAUUAGAACUCGCCCGAAAGCAGAGAAUGAACACCGAUGUCAGGAGAAACAUAUUUUGUACAAUAAUGACGAGUGAAGAUUUUUUGGACGCAUUUGAAAAGCUUCUAAAGCUUGGACUUAAGGAUCAGCAGGAGAGAGAAAUAGUUCAUGUUCUCAUGGAUUGCUGCCUUCAAGAGAAAACAUACAAUCCUUUCUAUGCAUUCCUGGCUAGCAAGUUUUGUGAAUAUGAAAGGAGGUUUCAGAUGACUUUCCAAUUCAGCGUAUGGGACAAAUUUCGGGACUUAGAAAAUUUGCCAGCUGCUAAUUUCUCUAAUUUGGUUCAUCUGGUGGCCCACUUGUUGAAAACAAAAUCACUUCCACUUUCCAUUUUAAAGGUAGUUGAAUUCAGUGAAUUGGACAAACCCCGAGUCCACUUUUUACGGAAAGUGUUAUAUAUGCUGUUAAUGGAAACAGAAAUUGAAGACCUUGGUUUAAUUUUUGCAAGAGUAUCUGACAACCCGAAGCUGGGCAUGUUGCGAGAAGGUCUGAAGCUCUUCAUCAGCCACUUCUUGUUAAAGAGUGUGCAGGCCCACAGAAGCGCUGAGGAGGCCAGCGUGCUGAGAGAGAGAGCUGACCUCGCAGCCAAGUCUUUGCACGGGAAGGCUUCCUUGAGAAUGUAGUCUCGGAGGAGGAGAGGAAGGGGUGGUCAUUUGUCUGUAAAAUGUCCUUUUUAAACCAAAAGGCCUAUUGUUCUGCUGACUAUGUGUAAAACCUUAG